AAAACCCUCUUUCCAGGAGUUCUUCUGCGACAAAGUUGCUGCUUUUUGAGAUGAAGUGUGAUCAUCUUCCACUUGCGCAAGGUUGUUGCCGUGUAAUCCAUUGUCAAGUAUCAACAAAGGGAUGGCAAGGGCAGGGAGCUCAUAAGUAAGGGUGGGAGGCCAAUCUGAAAAGGCUACAUAAAGGAUAUGGACGACUGCCAAGGAGGACCAACUUCUCCACGCACUGAAGGAGAUAUGCAACCAGGGGUGGAAGUGUCCUAAAUGACACAUUCAAGCCAAGUUACCUCCAGGUACUAGAAAAGGCUAUCAAUGAAGCUUUGGGAGGAACUGAUUUACGAGCCUACCCCCACAUCGAGUCAAAGAUAAAAAUAUGAAAGAAGCAUUACAAUACGAUUCUAUCGAUGUUGACAACUUGUGGAUUUGGCUUCAGUGAAAGGGACAAUAAAAUCUUGGUCGAUAAUGAAGAUAUUUUGACUGAAUACUUAAAGGGAUCAGGCAACUGGGGAGUUUGUUAUUGAUUUGGAGGACAUGGUGGGGAAUGCUGAUGCCUAUGUCCAUGAGACUGACAACGGGGUCGAAUUCAAUACUCAUGUGGAAGAAAUUGGAGGCUUACACAGUGUAACACAAGCGCCAGAGGAAACUGUAGAGACUCCGCAAUCACGAAAAUGGAGAAAUACGAAGGCAAUUUCAUCCAUUGAGGCACUGGCACAAGGACUAGGCGACAUUACCCGAGUCCUAUCAGAAUAUGCAACUGACUGGGGUAAAAUAUUAGAUCAAAUUGCACACAGAGUGGUUAUAAAAAAGAUGAUGCAGAUGCACAUCAUAUGAUUUAUAGUGAAUUGGAAAAGAUUGACUAUUUUAGGAUCGAAGAUAGGUUUGAUGUGGCAUACAAAAUUGCUGAGUGACCCAUUAAAGGUUGAUUUCUUUUUCAGCCUUCCUGAAACUGCUAGGCCAACAAGGGUGAUGCGUGUGUUAUGGGGUUCUAUCUAACUCGUGCGUUAAAUGUCUAAUACCCGGCGCUGAGUCGUGAGAAGAUGCUUUUGUAUCAAGUCUAUCUUUUCGAGGUGUCCCCAAUCAAAUUCGGACCCCCAUGGUGGGGUAGAAAUGAAUGAAAUAAGUCUGGGUAUGCCCCACCGAUGCCUGGGAUUGGGAUGUCCCAUUCCUCUAGAAUUCCUACCUCUGAAGACAAUUCUUCUUCAUGUGACCCGGCUGGUGGCAUAUAUAGCAAGUCAUCUGGCUUACCUGGUAGGUAGUCCUAAAGCGUCUCCCGCCCUAGGGGGGAUCAUGUCUUCUUGAAGGUAAUGCAUAAGAGGGG